AAAAGAAUCUCUCUGAAAAAGUGAUUAGUGCUUAUUCUACAGUUAUUUUUUAAACUGUGUGCUGUGUUUUAGUGACUAGUUGUUACAAAAAAGAAACGAAAAUGCUCAUCAUGGCUCCAGUGUCUUUUGAGCACAAAAGAAUGGCUCUAGCUACGGCGUCAGCAACGAUGGAGUCCUCCCAAUCCCUCAUCCAAUCAGAGACGAGGGUUCAGAGGAGUUUCCAGGAGGUCCAGGUCUCAGAACAGAGGACUAUCAAGAAGAAGACCAAGUCCAGACGGCAUAAGGAUGAAGGGAAUAUAUCGGUGUCGAAAAGUUCAGAGAAAUUAUUCAAGAAGAUGAAAGCGGCGACGGACACGGACGCUAUACCCCAGUGCGAGAAGUGCUCCCGGCCAGUGUACGCCAUGGAACGGAUCAAGGCUGAGAAGAGGAUCUGGCAUAAAGAGUGCUUCAGAUGCGUACAGUGCAAUAAGCAACUCACAGUGGAGACCUACCAGAGUGACCACACGACGUUGUACUGCAAGCCCCACUUCAAACAACUGUUCGAACCUAAACCAGUGGACGAUGAUGACGUCACUGACGCAGCAGCCCCAAAGAAGCACCAGAUGAUAAUCUGCGAGAGUAAUCCAGUCGAGCUGCCGCCAGAUGUCGUUAGAGCAUCAGACAAACCAGACCUUGGCCUCGAGGAACUCUCCCAGCUGGACGUCAAGUCCAAGUUCGAGGUGUUCGAGCGCAAAGCCAAGCAACCUGAGGAGCCCCUGCCACAGGAACCCAGGGUGCCGCGCGAGAAGACUGCCGCCAUACUGUCCAAGCUUGCGAAGUUCAAAGCGAAGGGUAUGGACAUCGGCGUGUCUGACGAGUAUCUGAACGGAGUGCCGGUGGAACAGAGCUCCAGCGAGCCUGAAGAAGAUGAAGAAGAUGAAGACUCAGUGCUAAAGAAAUCAUACAAGCACACAGCCAACCGCGAGCAACCAGUCUCCUUCUGCAAUAUGAGUGAGAUCGUUGGCAAGUUCGAGACAGGACAACACUCCUCGUCCGACAGACAUCGCGAGAGGAAGCAGGAGAUACAGAAUAUUAGGAGCCGACUGUUUAUGGGCAAGCAAGCCAAGAUCAAGGAGAUGUAUGAACAGUCAGUGCUGCAGAGCGAACAAGGCGUAACCUCAGCAGACAAGAUAGCCCGCGAGCUGGAUCUGAACGCGGAGAAGGCGCGCGCCAUCAAACAAAGGUUCGAGAACGGAGAGGUCUUCAACGAUGAGAACCAGCCGCCCAAGAACCGGGAGAUUGACGAUAGAGCUUUGUUUAAUGAAGGUAUCGGCAAGAAGUCCCGCUCUAUCUUCUUAGAACUGGACGCGAACGCUAAGAGCAUGCCCCCCACCUCCCCACCACCCGGGGAGGUGCCCAAGCGGAAGGAAAUUCCCUUUAUCCCCAAGGACGUGGUGCGCGCGGCCGACAAGAUGGAAGACGUGAAGAUCGAGACGUCCGACAUAUCGGACCGAUUCAAGUUCUUCGAGACUUACAAGCCCAAGAGCGAACGCAAGGAGUUCCGUAUGACGCCGCCCAGGCAGACACAGCGCGCCAAGUCCCCGUCCCCCGAGAUCUACCACGAGCCGAGCGUGGUCCGCGGCGAGGAGGGCGCGGCCGACGCGGGCGUGGCGGCCGCCCGCCGCACGGCGCGCCGCAUGAUACACGUCUUCCGACAGCUCGAGCACCAGCAGAACAAGCCGGACGACGCGCACGGUCCCAAACCUUUGAAGAGGUUUACCCCUCCCCCACCCGGAGAGAACAACCAUCACGGAGACACAUCCUCCGAGGAGUACUCUUCUGAGGAGUAUGAGGAAGAGGACAGUGAGGACGAGCGUCGCAGAGUGUACCUUGAAGCCAGACAGAGGGACGAAGCUCUUAAGCAGGCUCAGCAAUUAGCCCGCACGAAGAGCUUCCGCGACCGUUUCGAGAACUGGUCGGAGUCGGAACCACAACGCUCGCCCUCCACUGUCGUCAUACAACGACAGCCAGAGAAUGAUGAGGAGGGGGAAAGUCAGCUCGAAACCGCUAAGAGCUUGCGUCAGAAGUUCGAGAGCAUGAACGUGACGCAGUCGAAUGUUACAAAAACCUUCGUUCCCAAAGUCAACAGAUUUGUGUGACCGCCGCGCGAGUCUACCACACCAACCAAAGCAAUAUUAACCUUUUAUCGUUCGUUGUAAAAUCUUUUUUUAUAUACCACUUGCCAACUAUUGUAUUUUAGUAAGUAAGUAACGGUUGUAGCCUAUCAAAUUGAUGAAUAUUCUCUAGGAUAGACAUAUUUAUUAACAUUCGGUAACGCGACUGAUAGAGAUUGCAUUUUAAAACAAAAAGUGCCUUAGAACGUGCAAUUAAUUCAAAGAAAACUUUUUUAGAGAAAUUCUACAAAAAAUAUUAUAUAAUAGUUAAUCAAAUUAUAUAGAGAAAAUGUCAUUAUUCUGUAAUUUCAUGGAGAUCAUUUAUUUAAUUUAAUAUUUAUAAUUAUUUUAUGUGAAAACUGUUUAUUGUUAAGCUUAGUCACACGUGUAAAGAGAGAAUUAUCAGAAUACUCGACAAGAUAUAUGUUGAUAUAUCUUAUGUAUGAGUAUUUCUAUGUUUUAUCUUAUUUUUCACAAGUUUAUUUGUAAGUGAACUCGAACUUGCCUUUCACUUGUGAUUUUUUAAUCUGGCAACACUGUCCUGCCUCGAUAUAGUUAUAAAUAUCUCUCUGUGCCAUCUCGAUGUUCUAAUAAUCUCAUUUAUUAUUUAAAUUAAUAAUUAAUAUAACUAUUGUCUGUAAUAUCGCAUGUUUGUUAUUAAUAGAUACAUUUUGAAAUGUAUUUUAGUUAAUUUUGACUAUGUGACUGAAUAUUGGAUUCUCUGUUUGUACUUAAAAAGUUUUGCCGAUUUUUUAUAUUAUUCGAGAGUAAGAAAUGAAU